AUGCGCCCCUCAUUGCAAGCACUGCGCCCCUGGACGCGUCUCAUCAGAUUCCUAGGCAAGGACGGAAAAGUGUACACAGGCGAACCACAAUCCCCCCUGACCUGGCCAAAGGCAUCCGCCAACCUGAAGGCCUCCGCCGGAGACCAAACUUCCCUCACCGCCAAAGUCAUCACCGGCGACAUCUAUUCCCCCUCCGCCUCCUCUGUCACCGAGACCGUCGUCCCUGUUGCAAAGUUGCUCUCGCCCCUCGCCUAUGUCCCUUCCAUUCGUUGUAUCGGACUUAAUUAUGCUAAGCAUGCUGAGGAGACCAAGAUGCCGAUCCCUAAGAACCCGAUUCUAUUCAUGAAGCCAGCAACGUCCCUCCAGGAUCCUUUCAAGCCUGUGGUUAUUCCUACAAUUGCAGAGAAUAAUCAGGCGGAUUAUGAGUGUGAGCUUGCGGUUGUUAUUGGCAAGAAGUGUAAGAACGUCAAGGAGGAGUAUGCCCUCGAUUAUGUCCUCGGAUACACUGUGGGAAACGAUAUUAGUACACGCAAGUUGCAGGGCAACAACCUGGGCUCAGGACAAUGGUGCUUCAGCAAAUCGUUCGACACCUUUGCACCCCUGGGACCAUGUCUGGUCUCGAAGGACCUGAUCAAAGACCCCAACCAACUUCGUAUCAAGACUAGGUUGAACGGCAAACUCAUGCAGGACUCUUCUACCUCGGAUAUGAUCUUCAACGUUCCUCGUUUGAUUGCCUUCUUGAGCCAGUCGACGACACUUAUGCCUGGGGAUGUGAUCCUGACAGGCACACCCGAAGGAGUAGGCUUUAAGCGGGAUCCUCCCAUUUACUUGCAGCAUGGUGAUCAUGUUGUCUGUGAAAUUGAGACCAUUGGCGAGCUUCAUAAUACCAUUGCCUAUGAGAGCAAGUAUUCGUCAGAGUAA